GCUGGAAGAGACAAGUAUGAGCCUACUGCUACAUCAGAGCAUGGCACGAAGAAGAAAAAGAAGGAGAGGGACAUGGAUGAGUUGAAAAAGGAAGUUUCAAUGGAUGACCACAAGCUGAGCCUUGAUGAACUUCACCGUAAAUAUGGAACAGACUUGAGUCGGGGUUUGACAACUGCACGUGCAGCUGAGAUUUUGGCCCGUGACGGCCCGAACGCCCUCACCCCACCACCAACCACUCCGGAAUGGGUCAAGUUCUGUCGGCAGCUCUUUGGGGGAUUCUCACUCCUGCUGUGGAUUGGUGCUGUUCUGUGCUUUCUGGCUUACGGCAUACAAAGUGCAACGGGAGAGGAGGCCAAUAAUGAUAAUCUGUACCUCGGCAUUGUGUUGUCAGCUGUGGUUAUAGUCACUGGCUGUUUCUCUUACUACCAAGAAGCAAAAAGUUCCAAAAUCAUGGAGUCCUUCAAGAACAUGGUGCCUCAGCAAGCUCUUGUAGUCAGAAAUGGCGAGAAGAUGAGUAUAAAUGCUGAAGGUGUUGUAGUUGGAGAUCUGGUGGAGGUGAAAGGAGGAGACAGAAUUCCAGCUGACCUUCGGAUCAUAUCUGCUCAUGGUUGCAAGGUAGACAACUCCUCUCUCACUGGGGAAUCCGAGCCUCAGACCAGGUCUCCAGACUUCACCAAUGAGAACCCUCUGGAGACCAGGAACAUUGCCUUCUUUUCCACCAACUGUGUGGAAGGCACUGCCCGUGGCAUUGUCAUUAGCACUGGGGACCGCACUGUGAUGGGCCGUAUAGCGUGCCUGGCUUCUGGACUGGAAGGGGGCAAGACUCCCAUUGCCAUGGAGAUUGAGCACUUUAUCCACAUCAUCACGGGGGUAGCUGUCUUCCUGGGCAUCAGCUUCUCCAUCCUCUCACUCAUCCUUGAGUACACUUGGCUGGAGGCUGUAAUCUUCCUCAUCGGCAUCAUCGUUGCCAACGUGCCCGAGGGACUGCUUGCAACUGUCACGGUAUGCCUGACACUAACAGCCAAGCGCAUGGCUCGUAAGAACUGCUUGGUGAAGAACCUGGAAGCUGUGGAAACCCUGGGCUCAACGUCAACCAUCUGCUCUGACAAGACAGGCACUCUGACGCAGAACCGCAUGACAGUUGCACACAUGUGGUUUGACAAUCAAAUUCACGAGGCUGAUACUACAGAGAACCAGAGCGGUGCUUCCUUUGACAAGAGUUCAGCCACUUGGUCUGCCUUGUCCAGAGUUGCGGGUCUUUGCAACCGUGCUGUGUUUCAAGCCAACCAGGACAAUGUGCCUAUUCUCAAGAGGGCUGUGGCAGGAGAUGCUUCCGAGUCAGCACUUCUAAAAUGCAUUGAACUGUGCUGUGGUUCUGUCAAGGAGAUGAGAGAAAGGUACCCCAAAGUGGUGGAAAUACCAUUUAACUCCACCAACAAGUACCAGCUGUCCAUCCACAAGAAUGCAAAUCCAUCAGAAUCCCGUUACUUGCUGGUGAUGAAAGGAGCCCCGGAGAGAAUCUUGGAUCGCUGCAGCUCCAUUCUCAUUCAUGGCAGAGAGCAACCACUGGACGAGGAAACAAAAGAUGCUUUUCAGAACGCCUACCUUGAGUUGGGAGGCCUUGGAGAGAGAGUAUUAGGCUUCUGUCACCUGCUUCUCCCUGACGAUCAGUUUCCAGAAGGCUUCCAGUUUGAUGCAGAUGAAGUAAACUUCCCUGUGGAGAAACUCUGCUUUGUUGGGCUGAUGUCUAUGAUAGACCCUCCUCGUGCUGCUGUGCCCGAUGCUGUUGGCAAAUGCAGAAGUGCUGGAAUCAAGGUUAUCAUGGUGACUGGAGACCAUCCCAUCACGGCCAAAGCCAUCGCCAAGGGCGUCGGCAUCAUCUCGGAAGGCAACGAGACCGUAGAAGAUAUCGCUGCUCGCCUCAACAUUCCCGUGAGCCAGGUCAACCCAAGGGAUGCGAAGGCCUGUGUAAUUCACGGCACAGAUCUGAAAGACAUGACUAGUGAGCAACUGGAUGACAUCUUGACCCAUCAUACAGAAAUUGUCUUUGCCAGGACUUCUCCGCAGCAGAAGCUUAUAAUUGUGGAAGGCUGCCAGCGACAGGGUGCAAUUGUAGCAGUCACGGGUGAUGGUGUAAAUGAUUCCCCAGCCCUGAAGAAGGCAGACAUUGGUGUUGCUAUGGGUAUUGCUGGCUCAGAUGUCUCCAAGCAGGCAGCUGACAUGAUUCUGCUGGAUGAUAACUUUGCCUCCAUCGUCACUGGGGUUGAAGAAGGUCGUCUGAUCUUUGAUAACCUGAAGAAGUCCAUUGCUUACACCUUGACCAGUAACAUUCCUGAAAUCACACCCUUCCUGAUCUUCAUUAUUGCAAACAUACCCCUUCCCCUGGGAACGGUCACUAUCCUCUGCAUUGACUUGGGCACUGACAUGGUUCCUGCUAUCUCCCUGGCGUAUGAGCAAGCAGAGAGUGACAUCAUGAAGAGGCAGCCCAGGAACCCCAAAACAGACAAGCUGGUGAAUGAAAGGCUGAUCAGCAUGGCCUAUGGGCAGAUUGGUAUGAUCCAGGCCCUUGGAGGUUUCUUCACCUACUUUGUAAUUAUGGCAGAGAAUGGGUUCUGGCCGUCUGGCUUGCUAGGGAUCAGAGUUCAGUGGGAUGACCGAUGGAUUAACGACGUGGAAGACAGCUAUGGGCAGCAGUGGACCUAUGAGCAGAGGAAGAUUGUGGAAUUCACUUGCCACACAGCCUUCUUUGUCAGCAUUGUGGUUGUGCAGUGGGCAGACUUGAUCAUUUGUAAGACCCGAAGGAACUCCGUCUUCCAGCAGGGGAUGAAGAACAAGAUUUUAAUAUUUGGUCUCUUUGAGGAGACUGCUCUAGCUGCCUUCCUCUCCUACUGUCCUGGGAUGGAUGUUGCUCUAAGGAUGUAUCCCCUCAAGCCGACCUGGUGGUUUUGUGCCUUCCCCUACUCCCUCCUCAUAUUCCUGUACGACGAAAUCAGAAAGCUGAUCAUCAGACGCAACCCUGGCGGUUGGGUGGAAAAAGAGACUUACUACUAAAAAGCAAUUGUAAAACAUUCCACGCACAGCCCACCGCCACCUCUCCACCGUCUCCCCUGUGUGCCUACUUCAUCUUUGCGAGCGCAGACUUGUGCCUGGGCAGGAAGGAGCUGAGCCUUGAAGGAAACAUGAAGACGCAUGGACUGGAGGAGAAAGCAAGGGGGAGGGGGGAGGGAGUGUCUGACCAUCAGUCCAUGGGGACGAGAGCUUUGAGUAGUUUUUAUGUGCCUUUUUGUUUUUGUAAAAGGAAAGAAGCCGAAGAUUUUAUAUGUGGAUUUUUACAAAUAAAGAUGGAUUGUAAGAGGAUGCCCCUACACAGUCCUAGGCAGCUGUUUUCUCAAGGCAAAACUCUGUUCAGGACAGUGGGGAAGCCAAGUAGAAGGCCCAACUGUCAUCCAGGCAUGAGAAUGGCCACACAGGUUAGAACUUGGCUUCCCAGCUCCAGCAGAGAGAGGCAGAGCUGCUUGACUUAGACAGCAGCACAUGCAUUUCUGAAAGGGCUUUGUGCAUCCUGCUUUGCAGGACAAACAACGUAUGUUGCAGAGCCCGAAGUCCAGGAAGCCUCGAGCCUCUAUAACCCUGUUUCUUGACUGCCUUCUGCAAAGUCUUCUUUGCAGAGAUGAGAGCUUGUGGCUGCUCUAAGAGGCCGCAGCCCCCUUGCUGGCACCAUCCCUUGGAUCCAAACCUCGUCCUUCAAGUCCUGAAAUUAUAACAUUUGUGGCUGUUUAGGAAACACUAGCCUCUGCUUAGCAAAUGUCCUUGCGUGCACCCCUCUUUCAGAGCCUGUUCAGCAGAGUGUUGCCUCUGUCCUGCUGCCCUUGCCUCACAGCUGGACAGCAGCUUGCAGGACAGCACAGGCUCUCUCUCCCACUCUCCACAGUUUCCCUCCUCUUGCUUUCCUUUGCUUUGUUCUUGGAGUUGUCUGAUCUCAGCUCUGUACCAUACCCUGCCAGGGCAGACAGAAUAAAGAAGGGGCAGGGACAGCGGGGCAGGGGGCUGACAUCUCUCAAGCUUGUCGCUCACCCAGCAGCGAGGCUCAGGGCUGCAGUGAGGCCUCUCCCCUUGGCCAUGGCCCGGGCUUUGGUGAGCGUGGUGCCAGGGCCCUGGGGCUGAACGCAAAGGAUUUAGUCUGGGUUUUUGUUUUAAAGUGCUCACUUGUAUGCUUGACUGAGGAAAGCUUUAAGUAAAACUUAACUUUAUUGCAAGAGCACCCAGCACCUCAGAGGGCUUGUGCUGUUAAAACUGAAGGUACUCCAGGCCCUCGGUCCUCUUCUUGAACUGCCUGUCUUUGCUCUUCUUUGAUAUGCUCCUACCUCUGUAGAGCAUCACUUCAAACCUGAAUGCUGAAAGGAUCUGCAGCUAAAACUGUUGUCAUCCCUCUCUUUUUUU